AUGCAGAAAGAAGUUCCGUCAACGAGUGUCGAUCAAUUUUGGAUUAGGAGGAGUGUGGACGACGCUAACUCUUUGACUAAAUGCAUUCAGGAUGCUGCCAAGAAAACACUCCAGGUCUUAGGACUGAGGAAGAAGUUCGCCUUAGCAUUUGCGGAGACAAUAUCCACGCACGAUUCUGUAUAUGUUACCCGCACUACUGGUGACUUCAGCCAAGAUAAGCGUCUGAGGGAGUUGCGUCGUCAGGUGGAACGAGAUCGUGAGAACAGAUGGACGUCAAGAGGCAGGCUUGCCUGGGGCUUGUCCAUCUGGAGGGAGCAUGUUAAAAACUUGCUGGACCGUCAAGCGCCGUCAGUCCGUGAACUCGUGCACGCCCAAAGACAGAUAUACACCACGGUCAGGGAAGACUCACCGACGGAGUCGGAGGUUCAUCCGUAUUCAAAAAAUGAAGAACGGAAAAUCUGGCGGAGACGAUGGAAUUGUCGAAGAAAUGCAGAAAUCUCUUCCCCAUCUGGGAUUCGUGGGAUUACGAAGACCAUCCGUUCAAUAUCGACUGACGAAAAGAUUAUUAGCCCUAAAGACACGCUACCAUAA